AUGCCUGGAAUAUGGGAUUUUCUCAAAAAGCACCGAGGGAAGAUUGUUGCUGGUGCAGUUGCAGCAGGGGGAGCAUUCGUUCUUCAUCAGACGUGGCGAAAUUCUUCUGAAUUAAUUAGUUCAAGCUGGAAUCGUGAACGAGAAAUUAGUCGUACGCAGUUACAAGCUCGACGUCACUACAUUUACGAUACACAGCAUCGGACAUGUGAUGCGUCAAUCCUGGAUUUAUUACCAUCGAUCGCAAAGCGAAUUUCAGCUUAUUUUGACGUUGAAGCAAUGAUUGAGCAGUUAAAAAGUAGUGAAGAACUUAGCAGUGAACAACGAAUUAUUUUAUGGCAAGAUAUCAAGGUGAAAUCAGUUGGAAGGAUGGUAGCUGUAGCUUAUGCUUUCUCCUUAAUCAGCGUCACCUUGAAAUGCCAAAUUUCAAUCUUAGCUUCUCAACUUUGUUUACCAUUUAUUGAAAAAGAAGAUUAUUGGUGGAAUCAGUAUUUACCAGAAAAUCUGAAGUUCCUUUCAUCAAAUAUGCAACUAAACAAAUUGCAGAAAUUUACAAUCAAUUCUUCCGUACAACAGAUUUUUCUGAAAUGUUGUCAGUUUUUUAUCACUUCAGGCCUAAACGAUUUAAUGAAGAAAGUCGAGGAAAUCUGUAAAUCGGAACUUGAAGAGUUGGAGUUAAGAUCACCGAUAGAUGGAGAAAAAUUGAAAGUGAUUUUGAGAAAUCUUAAAAAAAGAAUGGAUUUAUUAGAUUGUCGGCAUUUUUCAUACCUCGUUGUACCAAAGUAUGCAAAUCAGAAUGGCUUCGCUUUGCCAAAUGUUAGUGAGCUGGAUGUACUUUUGAAACGACUUGUGGAAAUGCUAGAGUCAACAAAAUGUAAGGAAGUCACAUCAUCACUGAUCGACUUUUUCUUUGACGCUGUUGUAAAUCACAGUACCUGUCAGGAAAUGCCAUUAGCGAAAAUGCUUCCUUUGAUUACGGACAGUUUCCAUACUUUAUCACGUGGUGGUUUUGAUUCACCAAUACAAAACGUUCUAUGUUCCACAGAAUUACAUUCACUGUCCAUGCAUGUAUUUUCACUUCCUCCUGUUCAAAUAAGGUAG